GGUCAUUAAAAGACCCACCAAACAUGUAAAUGAUUUGAACUCCUUUUAUGCAAGGUUUGAUGUGCACCAUUUUAAUACUGAAUGUGAAAAUAUUUUGUCAAUGGUUAGGGGCAUCAAUGUAGAACGAAUAAUAAUAACUCGUGAUGAUACGAUGAACUCCAUGAAACGUAUACAAUGUGGAAAAGCAAGUGGACCCGAUAAAAUUGGUUCUAAACUACUAAAAUCCUGUGCCGAGCAACUUGCUGAUCCACUGUGUAAACUUUUCCAAGCUUCACUUGAUCAGAGUACAGUACCGGAUGUGUGGAAAAUGUCAGAGAUUAUUCCAGUACCCAAAAACAACCACCCAAGGGAGUUUAAUGAUCUUCGACCCGUAGCCUUAACAUCAAUUAUAAUGAAAUGUUUGGAGCACAUUGUGAAGAGGUACAUUUGUUCAAGCGUAGAUCCCUUGAAAGAUAUUUUGCAAUUUGCUUAUUGUCAAGGUAUGAGUGUUCAGGAUGCUGGGUUAACCUUACUUCACCAAACUUACGAACAUUUAGAAAUCCGAAAUUCACAGGUUAGAAUUAUAUUUAUAGAUUUUAGCAGCGCUUUCAUUACAAUUCAGCCACAUAUUUUACUUAACAAAUUACCAGAGAUGAAUAUCAACAGUAAUCUAAUACUGUGGAUCUAUAGUUAUCUUUUGCAAAGACCUCAAUACACCAAAUAUUUUUUUUUUUUUUUUUUUUUGUCGCGGCCUAUUGCGCCGGUAGGCUUCUUCCCGGUGGGGCCUGAUGGUCAGCCCAAGGCUUCUUCCCGGUGGGGCCUGAUGGUCGGCCCAGCCCGUUCUGGCGCAGGCGAGUGUUGAUAGUGGCGCCAUCUUGUGUUGGCCCAUGCUGCCCCCCGGAACUCAUCUUUCAGCCUCUCUUUGGAGAGGUUAUCUAGAGCCCAGGUUGAUGGGUGGUCUUCAGGCCAGCAUGUGGGUAGUCUUAGGCCACUCGGCAGUGACUGAAAAACCUCAACUGUGCAGCACACUAACACCAGACAAGAGAACCAGGUGGAGAGGUGGAAUUAUAACCUUUGUUGGGGCAGGAUGGAGCACACUAACACCAGACAAGAGAACCAGGUGGAGAGGUGGAAUUAUAACCUUUGUUGGGGCAGGAUGGAGCACACUAACACCAGACAAGAGAACCAGGUGGAGAGGUGGAAUUAUAACCUUUGUUGGGGCAGGAUGGAGCACACUAACACCAGACAAGAGAACCAGGUGGAGAGGUGGAAUUAUAACCUUUGUUGGGGCAGGAUGGAGCACACUAACACCAGACAAGAGAACCAGGUGGAGAGGUGGAAUUAUAACCUUUGUUGGGGCAGGAUGGAGCACACUAACACCAGACAAGAGAACCAGGUGGAGAGGUGGAAUUAUAACCUUUGUUGGGGCAGGAUGGAGCACACUAACACCAGACAAGAGAACCAGGUGGAAGAUGCUUGGACAGACCUUUAUUUUGCAGUGGACUAUUCAUAUCAGAAGACAAUUUUUCUUUAUACUCUUAUCAUCACGGCCAUGGGUGGUGUGGUGCCAGGGUGUGUGGAUGGCCAUGGGUGGUGUGGUGCCAGGGUGGUGUGGAUGACAGGGAAGAUAGGGGCAGUAAGGUGUGCCAGGGUGUGUGUGGAUGGCCAUGGGUGGUGUGGUGCCAGGGUGGUGUGGAUGACAGGGAAGAUAGGGGCAGUAAGGUGUGCCAGGGUGUGUGUGGAUGGCCAUGGGUGGUGUGGUGCCAGGGUGGUGUGGAUGACAGGGAAGAUAGGGGCAGUAAGGUGUGCAUGGGUGUGUGUGGAUGGCCAUGGGUGGUGUGGUGCCAGGGUGGUGUGGAUGACAGGGAAGAUAGGGGCAGUAAGGUGUGCAUGGGUGUGUGUGGAUGGCCAUGGGUGGUGUGGUGCCAGGGUGGUGUGGAUGACAGGGAAGAUAGGGGCAGUAAGGUGUGCAUGGGUGUGUGUGGAUGGCCAUGGGUGGUGUGGUGCCAGGAUAGAGUGGAUGACAGGGAAGAUAGGGGCAGUAAGGUGUGCAUGGGUGUGUGUGGAUGUGCCAGUGAAUGGUAAGGGAAGGAAAGGCAGGAGUGUGCAGGCCACGCACCAUGGAGUCCCCAACUAGGCGAGUCUCGAACUCAUCCUCCAUGGUGUCUGCCAGCACCUGGAACCUAUUGAAGGUAGUGGGGGUCAGUAAAUCCUUGGUUGCCUGCUUCGGUUUGGCUCCAUUCCUUACAGGUUGGAACCCGA